AUGAAUUCAAUUGAUACAUAUCUACCAGUUCUGCCUAGUACACAGAUUGUUAAUCUGAGAUCAUCAACGACGACUGGUGGUGGAAUCAUACAGGAAUAUGUAAACUAUGAAACUGAAGAUAGAGCAAUCGAAUCAUUGUCUGAUAUGGUUGGUAAUUCUCUCUACUUUGCACCCUCUGAAGAUAAUUGGACUGCCGUCGGUGAAGAUCACGAGAGAAUGAUGAUACAAAUGCGUCUAAACUUUAUAAAGACUUGUUUACCCUAUCUCAGAGAACUUUGUAGACUUAGUGUAGUUAAAAUGGAUGAGGGUAGUGACUCUGUAUUGUUGGAUUACCUGAUGUUGAGAGACCAUGUAUUUAAAAGAGAGGAUCGUUUGGAUUUGAUGAUUAGAGAUUACCCACAAUUGGUAAUUGAUUGUAUGGGUGCUGCAAUAUACCAUAUAUUGUUUGGUGCUGGCGUACGUAUGCGACCAAGAGAUGCAAAUGAUGUCAAGUUUGGUGAUGCACAUAUCAUAGAGGAGCGCAGUAAGGUGACGGCACGGUUAUGCAACUUUUCACCUAUGCUACCUCUCUCCAAGUUGCGUGCACAUUUGCUCGGGAAAUUCGUGUCGGUUAGAGGCACGGUCAUCCGUGUCAGCAAUGUGCGACCACUUAUCAAAUCCAUGUCAUUCUAUUGCUCGGCGUGUGCAACUACGAUUAAAAAGUAUUUUGAUGAUGGUCGUGUGCGUAUACCCACUCGAUGCAAUACAUCAAAUUGCAAGGGUAAGAUCGAACCACUACGAAACACAGCAGUCUCUGUCGAUUGGCAGAAAAUACGUGUACAAGAGGAAAGUGAUCCAAGCGAUCAUAGUGGUGGUGUUCCCAAAUCCGCUGAAUGUGAAUUGACAAUGGAUAUGGUUGAAACUGUUGUACCUGGUGACAUGGUAACAGUUUGUGGUAUUGUUAAAAAAUAUGAUGAUGGAUCACAAAACCAACAAGGUGGAGAGAAAACUGUAUUUUAUGUAUAUAUAGAUGUAAAUUCAAUUGAUAGUAACAAACAUACUGGUGGUACAGUUGAUACGAGUAAUGGUGGUAAUAGUGAAAGUAGUGUAAAAUCAAAGUUGGCCAAUUUUUCUGUAAAGGAUAUGUAUGGAAUUAGAGAGGUAGCAGGACAAGCUAAUAUAUUCAAGUUGAUUGUACAUUCAAUGUGUCCUAGUAUAUAUGGACAUGAGAUGGUCAAGGCUGGAUUGACAUUGGCACUAUUUGGAGGUAAUCCUAGAAACACUGAAAGCAAAAACAAACUUUCGAUUCGUGGUGAUCCCCAUGUACUCAUUGUCGGUGAUCCUGGUCUUGGUAAGAGUCAAAUGUUAAAAUCCUUUCAAAAUAUAUCACCGCGUGGUGUCUAUGUCAGUGGUGGGUACACUUCACGUGCCGGUUUAACAGUAUCACUUCACAAGGAGCAAGGGUCAGGUGAUUUUGCAUUGGAAGCUGGUGCAUUGGUUCUAGGGGAUCAAGGGUGUUGCUGUAUAGAUGAAUUUGAUAAAAUGCCAAAAGAACAUCCUGCCCUCUUGGAAGCAAUGGAACAACAAUCAGUCAGUGUAGCCAAAGCUGGUGUUGUUUGUAAUUUACCAGCAAGAACAAGUGUUAUUGCUGCUGCUAAUCCAAUUGGUGGCCAUUACAAUCGAGCCAAGACAGUAGCAGAAAAUAUUAAAAUGAGUGCACCUUUAUUAUCAAGAUUUGAUUUAAUAUUUAUUCUACUUGAUAGUAAAAGUAAAGAUAUGGAUGCUAUUAUUUCAGAUCAUAUUAUGGAUUUACAUUCAGUCAAUGGAAAAAGAAAACAAAAUAGUCAAAAAUAUAUUACACAAAGAGCAGAAAGUCAACAAUUAUCAUUAAUGCAGGGAGAGAAGGUUCCAUUGGCAACAAGAUUAAUAGUACGACCUGAAGAAGGAUUAGAGGCAUUGUCACCAUUGGUUAUGCGAAAAUACCUUGGCUAUGCAAAAAAGUUUGUUACACCAAAGUUAACAUCAGAGGCUGCAGCAGUGAUCCAAGAAUUUUAUUUGGGUCUUAGAACUAGAUCGAGCAAGUAUGACUCGGCACCAGUCACAACCAGACAAUUAGAAUCACUCAUUCGAUUGGCAGAGGCACGAGCAAAGAUUGAGUUGCGUGAAUAUGUCAACAAAGAAGACGCAGAGGAUGUAGUGGAAAUUAUGAAACAAUCGUUGCUAGAGACACUGGAAGAUGAACAUGGAAAACACGAUUUUAGAAAGUCUGCUCGUGGUAUGAGUAAUGCUUCAUUGGCUAAACAAUACUUGGCGGCUAUUGAACGGUUUGCCAAAAGUAACAGUAAACGUCAAUUGACCAAAGACGAUAUAUUUGGAGCUGUCAAUGGAAAAGGUCUUCCAACUGAUAAUUUCGAUCAAAUCCUCAAUUCACUUAAUCAUGAAGGAAUGUUAUUAAAAUCUGGUAGAAAUCUAUUCUCUCUUGCUAUUUAA